CAUAUUCAAAUCCACAUAAAUCAGAAAAAUGUUGCGUUUUCUCGUUCUUUUCGUGCUCUUCUUCGAAUCCGCCAAUACCCAACUAGUGCCACGUGCCUCACCUGAAUUUGGUGAAAGCAGGACGGCUUACGAUGAUUUUUUGGACAUUCUGAGGUCUUCUACGCCUUGUUCUACAUAUUUCGACGCAUUAUCCAAAAUCAUGAAUCGCCCAAACCUUACAAGCCGUGCGGAGGAAAUUCGAGCAGUUCUUUCCGAGCAUUUUAUGGAAAUGCACAGCAGCGGUCGAAACUUGGAAUUAAUCAGAGAUAUUUUGAAUUUGUACUGUCAUGCGAAGAGUUAUGUGCCACUUGUGUUGAAUAAUUGGACACCUCCGUCAGUUCCAGAAAGAAAUUAUACAUGGGAUAUGAAUCAAGAGUCUCCAUAUACUAUUCACUUUCACUUGGCGAGACAACUAGAAGAAAAAUAUAUGAACAAAUUUAAAAAAUAUAAAAAAUUGGCACUGAAUAAAAAUAAUUCGGAAAGGGAAUCUGGUUAUACCUACGACCAAUUGGCUAAUAGAUGCCGCAUACUGAUCGCACUUAUGGUAGUUCAAGUGACCUUUGCUGUCCUUAGAAGUGCAUACCAUUUCCAUUAUUAUUAUAUUGAUCGAUAUGUAUUUGGAGAAGACAUUGAAGAGGAUGAAUUGGGUGAAGCGAUAAGACGAAUAGAUGAUGGAUAUAAUUUGAUGUAUUGUUUUUUCGCUAUUUUAAUUAUUUUGUUGUGUCUGGCAUCGGAAUAUGUUAAGUGGAUUUACGGUUUUGAUGCUAAGUAUGCGACUCAAUAUGUUUUCUCCUUUGAUGGUAUAAACUUGUGAAUAUUCAAUC